CCAGCCGCCGGCGGCCCUCGCCCCCCAGGCUGCAGCAUCAGCAGCCGACGCCGACGCCGAGGCGCCCGGAGAGACGCCCCAGCGGCCCCGGCCUCCGCCCCAGGGCCAGCCCCCUCGGCGCUAGUCGGAGCCCAGCGGCCGCCAAGAUGAAGCUGAAGCCCGACCAGACCCGAACCUACGACCUGGAGGGCUUCAAGCAGCGGGCGGCGUGCCUGUGCUUCCGCGGCGAGCGGGAGGACGAGGUGCUGCUGGUGAGCAGCAGCGGCCACCCCGACCAGUGGAUCGUGCCCGGCGGGGGCAUGGAGCCCGAGGAGGAGCCGGGCGCCGCGGCGGUGCGAGAGGUCUACGAGGAGGCCGGGGUCCGAGGCAAGCUGGGCCGCCUGCUGGGCCUGUUCGAGAACCUGGAGCGCAAGCACCGCACCCACGUCUACGUGCUGGCCGUCACCGAAAUCCUGGAGGACUGGGAAGACUCGGUGAACAUCGGCCGCAAGCGCCAGUGGUUCAAGGUGGAGGAUGCCAUCAAGGUGCUGCAGGGCCACAAGCCCGUGCAGGCCGAGUACCUGGAGAAGUGGAAGUCGGCUGGUUCCCCGAGCUGCAGCAGCCCCGCCGGAGGGGACCCGCCGGCCGCGGCCGGCCCCGAGGGCCCCGACGGCGACGCCACCGCUGGGCAGCCGGCGGCCGAGCCCGCCGCGGGCUCCGGCAGAUAAAAGGUGGCCCGGGUCAUCCCGAGGAGAAGUGGGGGAG